AUGGCGCAGAGCUUGACCUACUACACGGCCCUUUGCAUCUACAACCUUUACUUCCACCCGCUAUCCAAGUACCCCGGUCCCCGCCUGGCGGCGGCCACUCCCUUUUGGCUCAUCUCGUCGUACCUCAGCGGCAAGGCGCACGUGCACAUCUCCGAGGCGCACGAGAGGUACGGGCCCGUCGUGAGGACGACGCCCGGCGGCCUGUCGUACAUCAACCCCCAGCAAUGGAAGGAGAUUUACGGCCACAAGGCGGCGGGCCAGCCCGAGUUCGGCAAGCAGGCCUUCGCGUCGGCCGUCUUUGAGGAGCCGACGCUGCACAACGCGGACAGGGAGUACCACGGCUACGUCCGGAGGCUGUUCCACCACGGCUUCUCCGAGAGGGCCCUCGCGGCGCAGCAGGCCGUCUUCAAGUCGCACGUGGACCGCAUGUUUGAGGGGAUCGAGCGCGAGUCCCAGGGAGGCUCACGGCCCGUCAACAUCAUGAACUGGUACAAUUUUUUGACGUUUGACUUUAUCGGCUUUCUUACCUUUGGGGAGUCCUUUGACUGUCUUCGGACAUCUUCUCUACACGACUGGAUCAAGCUCUUCAUGUCGUUUGGCAAGCUAUUGCUCUAUGGCCAAGUGCUGCUUCCCUUUCCCCGCCUCCUGCGCAUCCCGAUUGCUUUGUGGUUGAUUCCCGCCAAGUUGAGAGAAGACAGACGCAGAGCCGGGGUUCUGCAAGCCGAGAAACUCAAGUAUCGACUUUCAAUGCAGCCAAAGAUCCCCGAUUUCACAGAAAAGAUGGUCGAGGCCUACAACCAGGGCAAGAUGUCUUUUAACCAGCUGGAGGGCAACUCGACCCUGCUCAUCGGCGCCGGGAGCGAAACCACAGCGGCAGCGCUGGCCGGCCUCACCUGGCUCCUGACCCAGAACCCGCGCGUGCUCGACAGGCUCACGGCCGAGGUCCGCACCGCCUUCUCCCGCGCGGACCAGAUCACGCCCGCCGGCGUCAACGGCUGCCGGUACCUGCUCGCGUGCGUCGAGGAGGCGCUCCGGGUGUACCCGCCCCUGCCCCAGCCGCACUACCGCAUCGUGCCCGCAGGCGGGGCCGCCGUGGACGGGGACCUGCUGCCGGGGGGCGUCGUCGUCAGCGUCCCCAAGUACGCCGCCGCCCGCAGCCCGCUCAACUUCUCCCGCGCCGCCGAGUUCGUCCCGGAGCGCUGGCUGGGCGGCGGCGGCGAGGAGUUUGCCGGCGACCGACGCGACGCCUCGCAGCCGUUUUCGGUCGGUCCGCGCGCGUGCAUCGCCAGGAACCUGGCAUACUUUGAGAUCAAGCUCGUGAUUGCGAGGCUGGUGUGGCAGUAUGACAUCGAGAACAGGACGGAAUGGGACUGGAUGGGCAGCCAGAACCUAUGGCAUUUGUGGGAAAAGGGGCCGCUAUGGCUGGGGUUGAAGGCUGUCGUUCGCAAGUAG